GACACCUCGGAUCAAGAAGUAAGAAGAGGUCCAGUCAGUCAGUAAUAGAAUCUUGAUCUGUUGAAUAGCACUACCGGUAUGGAAGCUGGUGCAGCCACAAACGACGUUGUAGGUGGUGGGGAAGACAGGGCGAAGGACAAUGAGAACAGAAUGGAUUCUACCUGUUGCCAGCAACCCGAGUCUUCCGCUCUGCAAGUUAAGCUUCCGAAUCGUCCUCCUGGCAAGAAUGUCUCUCCCAUGGGCAAAUCAUUGACUCAAGCUCGUCGGAUUAUCUGGAGAGGAGACCCUCCCAUGAUUCUGAAGCCGGUAUUGCUUCCUCUUCGAAUAUUCCUGCUGGAUCCAAUCUUUAACAUUCUCUCAAGGUUGGUUCCCCUCUUCUUGCCAGCAAGAAUUGACAAGAUCUUGACGACAAUCUUGUUGGAUUACCUUACCAUUCCGGUGCUGCGGACACUAUACGUGCAUCACACCCCAGUCAUGAACAAAGGCGGGGUGUUCAAUGAACAACUCGCAAGAAAUGCUACAAGAAACGUCAUCCUACAACCCACUGUGGUAGCCAUUCAUCCACCCACAGACAUCCAAUCUGCCUUUCAAGGUGUUGUCUCUUUUAUCUGUUCUGCCAUUGGUGAUAUUGCUGGUAUCGUUACCAACCCCAGAAAACUUACAGGCUGGAUGACAGCCCUGCGACAAUUCAAUACCUUUCUAGAACAAACUGGGGUUGGGGCAGAAUUGGAAGAAGCCAUUCAAAAGCCUCUCUUGCAAGGAAGACUCUUGGAUAAUGUCAAAAUACUCAGUGAUAUUCAAAAAAGUGACAAUGACAAUCAUGACCGAGUACUGAAGGCUCAAAAAGAAGAUGAUUAUGCCACCAUGACAGUGGCCAUGCACAAAGAUAUUCAACGAGGCCAUCGUCUCAUGCGCUUUGCUACCUCAGCUUAUGGAACUGAUAUGAUCCGAUCCGCCUUGGACAUUCAAGUGGAUGCACAUCAGUUGAUUGAAAUUCAAGAGAAUCCACUUCAAGCCAUUUCCAUCCAUACCCAAAUUCCCACUGGAGAUGUCAAAUUCCUUUAUGCAGGAAAUGACACCGACUACGACAAACAUGUGUUGCACCAUUUUGUAGCCAUUGAUCACAAGCAUCAAUCCAUCGUGCUGGCAAUUCGAGGGACACUCAGUCUCUCGGGAGCCAUUGUGGAUAUCCAAGGAAUGGCUACGGACUACUGUUCCGGAAAGGCUCACAAGGGAAUGUCAGAGAUGGCUAGGAAUCUCUGGAACGAUUCUGGAUUCAAGAUAGCAGCCUUGAUGACGACCCACGAGGAUUACAAGCUGGUUGUAACGGGACAUUCCUUGGGUGCCGGCACGGCGUGCUUGUUGACGCUACUGCUGUACGUCGAAGAGGUGUUCCCAAAUAGAACUGUCGAAUGCUUCGCCUUUGCACCUCCGCCAACGUUCUUUUGGGACAAUCACCAAAAGAGUGUACUGGACAAGAGCAACAGUGCAUGCGCUAAACAGAUUGAAAAGGCAAUGCAAAAUACAGUGGCAUUCAUUCAUGACAAUGACGUAGUGCCAUUCCUGUCCGUCUCGGCUGUGCGGAGAAUGAUCAAUCUGCUGGACUCGGUCGACUGUCAUACAGAAUCCAUCUGGUUUUGGAAACGAUGGAGAAUCUUCAAUGACUACGACAAGGUCCCCAGCGAGAUUACCAACAGCGUUUUGAAUGUUGCCGAGAGAGGAGCUGUCGACGGCGAAUACAACAUGUGCAUCCCAGCCCGUAAUGUUGUUUGGUGCAAACAAAACAUCUUGGGCAGAUUUGAAGCUUUUUGCUGCGAUCCCCAAAAGGUGGCACAAGGCAACAUUUUUCUGUCUGUGGACAUGUUGACUGAUCACUUGCCUGAACAAUACGAGAACGCACUUGACGCAUUGCUGCUCUCAACUUGACGGGUGUAUGCACAGCUACUUUAGCAUCAACUCAACCCUGGCAUCACGCAGCUGCAUGGGCUUGCGGACCCCAUCUCGGCCCGACGGGUACGAACCCCUGGUGGACCGACUUUAGAAGAUACUAUAUAUACAUGUAAACCUUAGUUUAGCUUUUAUUCAUGAGAGAUUGCAUCUGGUUGGCGGCGAC